UGCUACAGCAUGCUGGAGUAUUAAGUACUCGUCAACUGAUAAACUAAUAAAUACUGUAGUAAACUGAAGGUUUUAUUGGCCUAUGUAGCUCAUCAAAUACGGAUAAUUUACAGCAGUGUAUAAGCAACAAAACAUACACAAUUAUUUCAGAUUUAAUGCCAAGGAUAACCAGAACUGAUUUUACUAUUUUAAAGUUUUCAGAGAGGAAUAUAAAACAAUUUAAUAGUAUUUUUGCAAUUGUGCAACUUGUUUUUGUCUAGAAAGUCACAUGCUAUAUUGUGUGGUUAAACUCAGCUGAAGCGAUAAAACCAAAACCAGAAACAAUUUCCUUUUAUAUGGUCUCUUGAAAACUAAUGACAAACAGCAUCAGUCAGCUAUGUUUUUGACCGCAGAAGAGUGAAAAUGCACUUUUUGUGGUUCACUAGUUUUGACACAAUAAUAUGUCCUCCUUCAUAAAUGCUGUCAAAAGUGCACAAGAUCAACACUGAAGGAUCUGGAGAUUUCUUUCUUUCAGACCUGCGAGAGAAACACAUUUAUUGAGGUAUGAAAUUAAAACAAAACCCAUAUAAUCAAAUGUUUAUAGGAAACUCACAGAUUAGAAGCUUUGAGAUCUUUAUGGUCUGAACCUGAUGAAUGUCUGGAACAAUGAGAUUUAAACAUCUCUCUGUGAGUGGAAACACAACAGUAGAUCUGCAUCACGCGCUACAGGCGAGUUUGUUUUUUGAUUAUUGUGUCUUGAAAAUGUAAAUAAUCAAAAUUUUCUUGAAAAAAAUUAUUGCCAAUGUGAGUGAGAUCAAAUUAACGUAUUAUUUAAAUUGUUACCAAAAUGCUGUAAGUUUGCUUCACCACAAGAUGGCGGCGGAAUGACCGAGUAAGUAAAUAAUAAAUUUUGUAUUUUCAUCACAUAUCAGGAUCAAAUUCGGAGUUGACGCUUUUAGUAUUCAUAGUGAGUGUUGUGAGUCUAAGAUUCAUAUUAUUUUGCUUUAGUGCUUCAGUCAAUCUAAUCUGAACUUCUGGCGGGAAUUGACUUUGUGUAGUUUUUUACUCUAUGCGACAUGAGGAGUUUUCAGCUUCAGCUCUAUGUAUUGAUCUGUUGUCAAGCAGGAGUGGCAGAUCUACUAACUGCUCUGGGAUCAAAUGUAACCAUAAACUGUGAUCUUGAUGAAAAUGACGUUUAUUGGAUCUUACAGAAAACUCCAGAUCCUCCAACAGUGAUUCUGCGAUCAUUCUCAACACCAGCAUCGUCUUUAUACUUGAAUAAAUCAUUCAGAAUCAAAUAUUCAGUGCAGUUUAAACAUCGUCUGGUUAUUAAUAACCUUACUGCUGAUGAAUUAGGACUUUAUUACUGUAUGAGCACACGCACACCUCCACAAUUCAGCAGCAGCACCAGAUUAUACAUCACAACCGAACCAGGUCAACUAACUGAAUUAGAUGAGUGUCUCAAUCGUACAGCAGAGGUGUUUAUGGAUCAGAAUCAAACACAAUGGCAGAUUAUUGGCUUCAUAUCUGCUCUGAUGUGUGGCUGUCUGCUCAUUGUGCUGAUUGUUUCAUCUUUAGUUUUUGCUGCUGGAAAAACAGAGGGGCUGGAAAAACACAUUCAUGCUGCUGAUAUACUGCGGACUCAAGUUACAUAUCAGCCUCAAGAUUUAAACAAAUCCGUGUGCUGACAAGACAUGUUGAGCUUUGAACUUUUGAAAAAUAUUUGGUACAGUAAGUGAACAGCAUUGAUGUAUGGCUAUAUAGAACUUUCUCACGAUAUCAAUCAGUUUAAAUUGUGUGUUAUUGGAAGAACGUAUUGUUUGAUAGUGUAAAAUUAAUGUUGGAGUAAAAAGUCUCUCUUUUUACAACAAUAAAUUGAUUAGAAAGUAGGUUUUAUUACUUGCUCUUUAUGGCUCAAACAUUUCCAUCAUUAUUAACUGCAAGAAAGACACUGUUAAGAAGAUUUUGACUACUCAAACCUAACUACACUGAUAUGUUUUAUUUUAUUCAUAUUGAGCUGCAGUUGUUAAUUGAGUCAGUAAUUGCACACAGCAUAAAAUAUGUGAUGGUAAUGAACAUGAAUUGGAUAAAGUACAUUUCUUGUUUGAAAUUAAGCUUUUAUUAAGAUUUCAUAUUUAUUUCAUUAAUGUCUUAUGAUGAUUUAUAAAUAUGAACCAACAAUGAAGAAUCCAUUUAUCACAGUAUGUUUUACAGUAUUAUCACAGUAUAUUUGUUGAUGUAAGGCAACACAUAAAGCCAUUCAUAUUUAGUCUGUGUUAACUUGCAGUGCAAAAGGGUAAGGGAUAAAAUAUGUCCAGGUGGAUAGUUAUCGCAGAAUAAAGCAAUACAUGCUUAUCGGCUGCUGUUGAAUAAGAAUGAAACAUUUUAUUCUGUGGACAUAAUCACCUGGAUGUAUUUCAUACCACUUUUUAAAAGGCUACUUGACACAAAACAUAAAAUAUAGACACAAAACAUUGUUAUGAGCCAUAAUAGUUAAUUAAUUCUUUAA